AUGAUACAAACCCCAAUAGAGGCAAAGGAGGAAGUCAAACGUGUAAUCCGUCCACGGGAUGCCUUUUUGCCAAAUAUCAAUCGCUCACCGUCACCAGACAUGACUUCUAAAAACAAUAACAAUGUUAGUCAGAAUCCAGAUACUGUCUCGUCCUUUUUGGGGCAGUUGGAGAGGAUUAGGAAUAUGUUGAAGACUAGAGAGAAUGAGAUUGCGAGGCUGAGACAGGAGAAUGCUAUGCUUAAACAGGUUGAGAGAAGACAACGUAAAGAUAUCGAGCAUUUAGAAUCUCAGACUGAAGAUGCACCUAGAAUUAUCAAUGGGUUGAGGAAUGAGAUCAAACUGAAAGCAUACUUCGUCCAACACACAGCAGACGCCCGCCAGCUUCGUCUAAACUCCGAAGACCUAUCUCGCCUCAAAAGCGAAAAGGCCAAACUCGACACCCUCAUCGCAGCAGAAGACCUCUCAACUCGUGACGAUUUAGAAAAGAAGCUGGAAGACGUUAUUGCAAAGCUCGGUGAACGGGAUGUGGAAUUGGCGGAUUCGAAAAAGAAGGCAGACUUACUGGAUAAGAACCUUAAUGCCGAGAAUCGGUUGUUGAGAGCUCGUGUGCAUACGCUGGAGACUGAUGGUGCGAUGAUGAAGGAUUUGCUGGAGAGGACUGAAGAGGAUGGCAAGGAAAAAGACAAGGAAAUCGCCAACUUGAGUAUAUACCGAUACAACAUGGUUCACAAGAAACCUGAAGGUCCAUGCAAAGUUUGUGCUAAACGGGAGAGGCAGGAGGUGGAGGCUAAACGACGUCAAGGCAUUCUCGAAACUCUACCAGUCUUAUCGACACCAACCACAACAGUAACAAGUGCUACGUCCGUCAAAGUCAGCGCUACAAUUACAUCAUCAAUACCAGUUGGCGAAGCGUCUCUCCGUGUAGUGUACUCGCAGACGCCUAUAACGAGUAUAACGAGUGCUACACCUACUGUGGUUUUACAAGCAGACCAAACAGAGUGGACUGCGGAAGUCACCGAAUUGGAAUUUGGAAGAUCGUACUAUUUCGGAGUGUUUGCUAGUCGUGAUGGUGUGAAUGGUCCUAUCCAUGCUUCGGAACUCGUUUAUGUUGACGCCAUACCAUCAACACCACAACCCCCCUCAAUCAUCCCAAGACACACAACACCUCCAACCAUGCUCAUUAGAAUUCUAACAAACACGGAAUACGUUGGCACACCGAUUGCCAAAUACCAAGUAUACAAGUCGACGCAGCCGACAUUACAAGACGCCAUCUUGUUGACUGAAUUGAAUGUCGAUGAUCUUGUUGAAUCCGAAGCUGGUGCAGCCAAAGUUGAAGAAUUCGAUUACGUGGAUUGUCCGUUGGCUAUACCGUUUUAUUUCGGUGUUGUGGCUUUUAAUGCGUGUGGUGCCAGUUGUAUGAGUGAAGCUAGUCAUGUUGCUGUACUUGAUCUCCCACCAGCAAUCCCAACACAGCCAAUCCCAAAGAAAUCAUCCCCAACAUCCAUCAACCUGCACAUGUGCACACCACCAACCGGAGGCUCGCUAGCAAACACAUUCAGAAUCGUUUGUGAAGCGCUCACAGCAUCCGACCAAGUCGACGAAUCAUCCAUCCGAGAUUUGCAAAUCACAAACAUCACAACCCCAUCUGCAUGCCACACCGAAAUCCAAAAUCUAGACCCGUCCACAAACUACCGAUUCCAAGUAUAUGCUAAAAACUCAAUUGGUUGGUCCCCGGCAUCGGCAUACAGCAAUGUCAUCAAAUUAGAAUCAAUGAUUCCACCAAUCCCAACACCAAAUGCUCGUGUCUUGUCACCGACAACGGCAAUUGUUGAAUUCAAGACGCCUGAUUCUGUGCCAUCUAAUGUGGUGGUUGAUGGGAUACGGGUUUAUUCGUCGAGUAGUGUGGAUAUGGACGAUGCUAAAUUGGAAGCUACUGUUGCGUUUGGGGAGAGCGAAUGUAGAUUAGAGUUUGCGCAACGUGGUGCAGUAUUGUGGAUUUCGGCUUGUCAUGUUGGGGGUGAGGUUGAAGGGGAGAGGACUGUACCUGUGUUUUUACCGUUACCAGCCGCUCUACCAAUCCCAGCAUCACCACCAUCAACACCCUCCCAGCUCGACGACACCACCUCUACACCACCCUCCGCACCAACAACCACAACAUCAAUCCUCUCCAAAUCAAAUUACCGCUCAUCCUAUCUCCACGGCUCACAAUCAGCACUAGACGCUUCACCACGCGGAUCACUGGAAUCCAUCUAUCAAAAGAAUGCUGCCAAAUCCAACUCACACAACAAGACACGCAAGACAAGACUGGAUAUUCCACCACCAGCGAGAUCAGAGACUACGGGAGGUUUGAAUCGUGGUACUAUGGGGACGAAAUUGAGUAAUGCGAAUUUGAAGAGUAGUUCUUCUUUGCAUGGGAGCUUGAGUUCUGCUACGAAUGGGAAGAGGUGA